AUCCUUGUAUAUGUUUGUGUGUGUUUAUGCAAAACGGUUGCGGCUGCAUUCACUGGCUCCCUGGCCAUUAUAACCUCCGUGAUUGACAGUGUGGUUGACCUCGUUUCGGGGGCGUUUAUGUGGUGGAGUAGUAGGGCUAUCAAAAAGAGGGACCCCUAUUUGUACCCUCAAGGCCGGACGAAACUCGAGCCAAUAGCAAUAGUGGUUCUGUCGGUGGUUAUGGCGCUUGCCUCGGUUGCCAUGAUUCAAGAAUCUUUUAACAUUGUAAUUAAUCGUAAUUAUAAAACAAAUUUUCUCGUACUUGCAGUCGUCAAGUUGAUAUUAUUCAUUGUCUGUCGGAGAUGUCCGGCCCCUGUGACCCAAGCCCUCGCGCAAGACCAUCGAAAUGAUGUUCUCUCCAACACCGGCGCCCUGGCCUUCGGCCUCAUUGCUGCAUAUGCUUGGAAGUAUGCCGAUCCAAUUGGCGCCAUACUCAUCAGCAUUUACAUCAUCAUCAGCUGGUACAGGACUGGCAGAGAGCAGAUAAAACUUCUGACGGGGCACACGGCACAACCGGAUUUUUUGAAGAAACUAACCUGGAUAGCCUUGAACCACCACGAAAAAAUUCUCUACAUUGACACACUCCGGGCCUUCCAUUUCGGGAACAACUUCCUGGUUGAGGUGGAUAUUGUCCUCCCUAUGGAUAUGCAACUCAUUGAGGCCCAUGACAUCGGCGAGUCCCUGCAGAUCAAGUUGGAAAAAAUUCAGGAGGUUGAGAGGGCCUUCGUUCAUAUUGAUUACGAGUUCGAACAUCACCCUGCAUCUGAACAUAAA